GGAAGUAAACAUAAACUAAGCUGAGAGGUUUUAACGCUGCGUCACAAAGUUUUUCAACGAGUGUAGAAGUGCGUGUUGUCUGGUCCACUUUGAGCGGUCAGCGCUGAGUCUCAGUCUUCUGUCUGGCUCAGUUUGGUUCGGUUCAAAGUCUGGUUCGGUUUGGUCCGGUUCAGUGUGCGGUGUACCCGGGUCCCACAGCAGCAUGUCAGUGACGGUGAAGGCCUACCUGUUGGGGAAAGACGAGUCGGUGAAGGAGAUCCGGAGGUUCGCGGUGGAUCAGGACGUUUCCUGCAACUUCGAGUACCUGAGCAAGAAAACCGCGGGAGUCUUUAACAACCUGAAGAACAGCGGGUUGAACUUGUACUACAGAGAUGAAGAUGGAGACCUGGUGGCCUUUUCCUCUGAUGAUGAACUGAUGAUGGGGCUGGCCUGUAUGAAGGAUGACACCUUCCGCCUCUUCAUCAAAGAAAAAAAAGAGCACCGCCGGGACUUUCCUCUCCACGCCUUCCCCCCCUUCGCCUUUGGCCCCCCUCCUCCCCCUCCACUUGGAGCUCCUCACCUGGCCCCGCCCCCUGCCCUGCACCCUAAUGUCACCUGUGACGGCUGCGAGGGUCCGGUGGUGGGAACUCGCUUCAAAUGUUCUGUUUGUCCGAACUAUGACCUGUGCUCUGCCUGCCAGGCUCAGGGGACACACACUGAGCACGCUCUGCUGCCCAUCUGGCACCCACUGCAGCAGUGGUUUCCUCGGGGGAAGUGGAUGAAGAGGAUCAGAAACUGCCCGGGGAACCAGAACCAGAACCUGAACCAGGGUAAAACCCUCAACCAGGACAAGGACCAUGACCAGGACCAGGCUGGACCCUCCACACCUGCAGAUGAAUCUGCCUCUCAGGCCAAUGUGGACUUCCUGAAGAACAUCGGGGAGGGUGUGGCGGCCAUGUUGAGCCCGCUGGGAAGUGAUGUCAUGUGUGCAGGUAUCGACGUGGACAUCGAUGUGGAGCACGAGGGUCAGAGGACGAAGGUGACCCCUCCCUCUCAGACUGGAGGGGGGGGUGAUGCGAAAACUGAUGGAGGCGGUGAAGACAGUGGAGCCAGCGAGGGGUCAAAGGUGAGCAGAGACUCUGAUGAGGAGUGGACUCACCUGAGCUCCAGAGAAGUCGACCCCUCCACUGGAGAAUUGCAGUCCCUCCAGCCUGGGAACCAGGACCAGGGGCCCCCGUCAGAGGGACAGCAAGGGCCCCCGUCAGAGGGACAGCAGGGUCCAACAGGUCUUAGGGAGGCAGCUCUAUACCCCCACCUGCCUCAAGAGGCAGACCCUCGCCUGGUGGAGUCCCUGUCCCUUAUGCUGUCCAUGGGCUUCACUGACGAGGGGGGGUGGUUGACUCGACUCCUACAGGCCAAAAAUUUCGACAUCGGAGCCGCACUCGACGCCAUCCAGUACGCCAAACAGCCCCGUCCACACCAGCCCUGAUGACAUCAGUGACAUCAUCACCCAUACUAAACCAAUGACAUGAGGUUGUUUAUACUGUUUCCCAUAAUCUGAGGCUGUUAUCAUAAAUCAAUACUCUAACUCAUUGAUUAGUGAGUCUUUGUAUUAGUCACGUUUCUAAAUAAAAACUUUAUUAAACUCAACUUUAAACUGA